AUAAGUCGAGGAAUUUAUUCACGAUAAACGUGCUCGGAGUAGGGAUGAACCGAGGAAACCACGAUUCUUUACUCUCGGAAGCGAGCUAAUUGAACAUCGCUGCUCCGUGUGGAAGGUGCUCGUUUGCUGUUCGUCGUGCUUCGGUGUUUCUCUCUGGCAGACUAGCCAAGAGUCCUUGACGCAAACCAUGUGGCGACUGGUUUUCGCACUGACCUUGGUCAGCGUGAUUUUGGUGACGGCAUUGCCGCAACUCGAUCAGAAAGACGCACCUGGCAGCCUUGGCGAUCUUAUCGAUCAAACGUUCAAUACCCCUAAGGGCACGACUCCUCAGUCGGUGCCCCAGGUAGACGGUGACAUCGAUAGCCUCAUCAAUCAAGUCUUCAACACCAGUACCUCCGGACCCAUCCUCGGCACCCAGAAUCAAACACCCUCGAAACCCGACGACUGCGAAUGCGUGCCUUAUUAUCAGUGCAAGGAGGGCAAGAUCUUAGAGAACGGAGUCGGCAUCAUCGAUAUCAGGUCCGAUUUUGGUGAUUCGGAUGCGAACACCUCGAAAGCUUCUUCUGGGACUUGCGACAACUACUUGGAUGUUUGCUGUAAACCGCCAGAUCUACAACCACCAUCCACGCCUCCACCGAUCGGUAGGACUGGAUGUGGACAGCGACAUCCCGAUGGAGUCGGCUUCAGAAUCACCGGCGAUUCUGAUAAUGAGGCUCAGUUUGGCGAGUUUCCGUGGAUGGUGGCUAUCUUGAAGGAACAGGCCAUCGGCGAGAAUGGUCAGAAAUUGAAUGUUUAUCAAUGUGGUGGAGCUCUUAUCCACAGACAAGCCGUUCUUACUGCAGCUCACUGCGUCAAUGGGAAGCAGCCACAUGAAUUGAAAGUUCGCGCGGGAGAAUGGGAUACGCAGACGAAGAACGAGAUCUAUCCGCAUCAGGACCGCGACGUCUCGAAAGUUGUGAUUCACGAGAACUUCCAUUCGGGUGCGCUCUACAAUGAUUACGCUAUCCUGAUCCUAAAGACCCCGGUCGAGUACGCGGAGAACGUUGACAUUGUGUGUCUAGCGGAAAUGAACGCGAACUUCGACGGAUCCAGAUGCUUCGCUAGCGGAUGGGGAAAAGACAUAUUCGGUAAAGAAGGACGUUACCAAGUGAUUCUAAAGAGGGUGAACCUUCCUAUAGUAAACCAUAGAACAUGUCAAGACAUUAUGCGUACCACCAGGCUGGGAAAAUACUUCCGUCUGGACGGAAGUUUCAUCUGCGCGGGUGGAGAAGCAGGAAAAGAUACUUGCAAUGGUGACGGUGGAAGUCCCCUGGUAUGCCCGCUAAGGAAUGACCCGACCAGAUUUGUUCAAGCUGGCAUAGUAGCUUGGGGACUUGGCUGCGGCGAGGGCGGUACUCCCGGCGUUUAUGCCAGUAUAGCCCAUGGCCGUAGGUGGAUCGACGAACAAAUGGCCUACUACAAUCUAGACAACACCGUCUAUCAAUAUCCCAACUGACCAUUCUCGUCCGACAUGCCAAUAUAGGCUACGCAAAUUUUUUUUCAAUUAUAAAAACAUUUAUCAUAGAUUGCGUUGAUGUAUGAGUAUUUUUUGAUUUUUUUUUUUUACAUCGACUAAUUCUACAGUGAAAACAAAUGUGAUGUUUGACAAGCUACCCACAUAAAUAAGAAGAUACCUUUCAGAUUUUUUAAAUAUAUUUUUUGCUAUGUUUGGAGAUGUUUUUUAGAAAUUUAAGACAUCUUGUGUGACAAACAUCUUGAGAAUGUCUUUAAAAGUCUUUUAAGUAUCUCUAAAUAUCUUUUAGAAAUUCUACAAAAUUAUCUUCAGCAAAAUCUUUAGAAAUCUUUUAGACUACUUUUAGAAAUAUCUUUCAUAAGAUACUUUCAGAUAUUUACAAGAUCUCAAUGUUUUUUUGAACGUGACAAUCGAUAUGGAAUUCUAUGAAUCUCUCUAAUAUGAGAUCUGCAUUAUUUUAUGUAGGUAGUUUUGAAAGUGAUUGUUGAUUUAUAUAUGUGACGACGAAAAACAAUGUAUUUUGUAUGUGACGCACAAGCGAAUAACAAUUUUUUAGUAAAAAAGGAAAA